UGGAGAUUGCUAUAUUCUUGUCUUUUGGUUUCUUAAAAGGACAUUGUUGUUUUGGUAUCUUUCAAUAAGAGUUUCAUACUUAAAACUCUUCAUGAUACCUUUCCUUUGCUUCAGGUCUUGGGCAAAAAGCUUAUUCUUUAAGGAGAAACAAAGAUAAAAAAGGGUUCUUUUAAGCACUUUUACGUAUUUCCGAAACCACACAUAACCUUUUAAUGUCAUGCUGAUCAAGAACCCAUUGAUACUUUCUACUUUCCACAUAUUCAGCCAUUUCUUUUGUCUGGAUUGGCUUUGCUGAUUGAUUCUUCUUGUUUAUAAUCUAAUUUCCUCUAGACAAAACCAAGUUUUUAUGAGUCAUGGCCAUCUCUGAGGAAACAAUGUCACACUAUGCUGAAACUACAUAUGGAAGGAGGAGCAAAGAUGUUGAUGAAGCUCGCAGAAUUUACCAACCGAAACAGAGUGACAUCACCGGUAAAAUCAUCAUUUUCACCCUUGCGGGGCUUUGCAUUCUGCUCUUCAUCUUCAUCAUCAUCGGUUUCUUUUUCAUAGCCAAGCCACUUAAAGCAAGCUUGACAUAUGUUGAUGUAAGAAGCCUCAGCUACAACAAGGAUACAUCAUCAUCGCUUUACUUCAACUCAACACUGGCUAUGGAAAUCAGAAUUGAGAAUCCUAAUCUCGGGUUCUUUGAGUUUCCCACUAGUAAAGGAGAUGUCUUGUACAACGGCCAAGUUGUUGGUGAAAUGAGGAUUAGUGGACAACGAGUGGCUUCUUUUGGUUCCAUAAGAACAGAGGUUAGGACAGAAGUGGGAUACAAAGGGAAUCAAAGAUCACCUGUUUGGUUGAAGAAUGAUAUAGAGAGAAGGCUAAUAAUCCUUAACACCAGAGCUAAACUGAGAGGUGAAGUACACUUGAAGGCUUUGAACAAGAGAACAGUGAGUUUGAAUUGUCUAAUGCAUCUUAAUCUGAAAGAUGAGGUGAUUCAUCGUUUGUGGUGUAAUUGAUACACUCUUAGGUACACAACCAGAUGUAGCAAGGGAACCACAAUCAGAAGAAGAGGCAGCCAAUGAGUAUAUUCUAUACACUAUCCCGUUUUUGGAAAAUGUCAAGCAGUGGAUCUCUGUGGAUGCCCAUGGGGAAAAUUAUGCAGAUGGCUUCAUACAUUACUUGACAAAUUUCUUCAUCAAUUAAUUAUAUGACUAAUGUUCAUGGCUUAAGUAAAGAAGAUGUGUCAAAAACUUUUGAAAAGUAUCAGGCUAGCGAUGAAGGUAGUGCCUACAUGAGAAUUUCCAUUGAAUAUAUGUGCCUGAAUGAGGAGGGCUCAUCUGUGAGGAGGGAGUAUUCAGAGAGAUGUGGAUUUUAUCAUUUGUGUUUUUGUUGGUUUACGAGUAAUUACUAUUAUUAUUCUUAGAUUAGUAACCUUUUGGGUUGUGUUAAAAGUCUCAAAUGAUUCAGAUUUACAAAAAAACAGAGAUAUUUUCAGGUCUUGGAAAAAAAAACAAAGUCUUUAAGAAGGAGAAACAAAA